CUGCUGUGUUGCUACUGGUGAAGUCUCGGGAUUUUACAAGACUAUACAAGAAGAAUGAGUGCAUCCAAACCCCAGAAAAGUGAGGUGAGAAUCAAACACUCUCUGAACGAGAACGAGGAGGAGUUUGUAGCCAGAAGGAGAAACGCUGUUCUACAAAGUUUGAAUAAACUUAAGAUACACUUCAGUCAGGAUGAAGUGCCAAACAUUGCCUUACUGGGAUCUGGAGGAGGACAAAGAGCCAUGGUGGGUUUGCUGGGAUCCCUGGUUCAGCUCCAGAAAACAGGUCUUCUGGACUGUGUCCUUUAUCUGAGCGGAGUCUCUGGAUCCACCUGGUGUAUGGCCUCCUUAUAUCAGGAAUCAGACUGGUCCACCAAACUAGAGACUGUGAAAGAGAAGAUCAUCCAGAGACUCAGCGGUCCUGGAGUCAGCUGGACAGAUGCAUAUGCCAAACUGAAGAAAUAUUACUAUGAAAAAGACGAAGAAAUAUUCAGCUUGACUGACGUCUUUGCAGCGAUAGUCAUCACGACAUAUGUGAACGAGAUAGAUGAGCACAAACUCACAGAUCAGUGGAAGCAGCACAGUAAAGACCCGUUUCCCAUCUACACAGUGAUCGACAAGGAAUGCAAACAGAGCAAAGAUGGAGACCCCUGGUUUGAGAUCACUCCACAUGAAGCAGGUUAUUCUCUCACUGGAGCGUUUGUGAAAACCUCCAGCUUUGGCAGCAAGUUUGAAAAUGGCUGUAAGACCAAGAACCAGCCUGAAAUUGACAUGCUGUACCUGCAAGCUCUGUGUUGCAGCGUUUUAGCUGAUGGAGACGAGAACAAGAAAUUCCUCUGGGAAAAAAUAAAAGAUUCCUUAAAUUUUUUAAGACCUGCAUGUAAAACACAAAUGAAGAGGUGUAAGAAAAUGAGGAAAGAAGAUCCAAAACCUCUUCCUGAGGACGAAUGUUAUCAGUUGCUCAUGGAUCUCGUGGACAUGAAUCUCUCGGUUUUGAAUGGCAAAGAUCCAUCUGCUCUCGAUGAAUCCAUCAGAACAAAUCUGAACACGCUCACUGGAGGCAAACGUCAGAUGGUUUUUCAAGCAAGAAAACUGAAUCUCACUGAUAAAAAAGCAGCAAAACAGUAUAUGAAACAAUACACUGAGGAUGUGUGUAAUGAUUUGAAUCAUUGCUUCAGUGCCCAGCAACAUGGAAAUAUUUUGAUGAGGAUUGUCAUAUGCAUGGCUCAGUGGAAAUGGGGCAGGAAUUAUAGCUUCCUCCACAACAUGAAAGAUGAAGCAGUUCCCUCCACUCUACUGAAAAGUGAGACCAGAGACUAUGAAGACGCUGGACUGUUGCUCAACUCACCCUACUUCUCAGUGCUGAGAAAAGAGAGAGACAUCGACCUCAUCAUUUCACUGGACUUCAGUGAGGCUGAUCCUUUCAAGACAGUGAAGGAAGCUGCUGAGACAUGUAGGAAACUAAACAUCCCUUUCCCUGAGGUCAACAUUCCCAGUAAAGAUGUAAAGAAACCGAAGGACUUCUAUGUGUUCACAGGCCAAAACACUCCAACCGUGAUCCACAUCCCUCUUUUUAAUGUCGUCAACUGUGGAGAACUCAGCCAGCUGAUUUCACUAAUUAGUUCUACCUCUUGGCUGAGAAACCAUAGAUGUACAUAAUAAAGGCUAGAUGUCUUACAGCGGAGUCUCUAACGUCAUCACCGGCGGCCAUCUUGUCACAGGCAAGCUUUCUGGCGGACUCUGUGGUAGCUGAUGUAAGGUGAGUGAUCGGCAUGAACACAAAUACUCUUAUCUUGCUGAAAUCUUGACGGAUUUACAAAUGGUUUGGUUUCAAAUGUUAUUAACGUGGCUAUAAUUCUGGAUGCUUGAACAUGUUGAAAUUGCAGCUUUUCUUUUCAAAAAAUGACUUAAUCGUGCAGCAUAGUUGUGUAUCGCGGCUACUUGCGCAAGGCUGAGACCACAAGAUUGUUGUUGACCCAAAGCUUUUUACAAGUUUGUUUACACAAUCGCAGAAUGUUUCUUUUGGACACCUUUUUUUUUUUUUUUUUUGGAACAGUGAUCUCUGAUCUCUUUUUUUUUAGGCACAGUGCAAUGUCGAGGGGAAAAGCCUAGUAAAUGGCCCAACCCUGAAGAAGUUAAAAUAAACAUGUAAUAAUUCAAAUUAUUUUAUUAUAUUAGUAAUAUUCAUAUUAUAAAAGUGUGUAUAUAUAUAUAUAUAUAUAUAUAUAUAUAUAUAUAUUAUAUAUAUAUAUAUCAUGUUGCCAUUCUGUACACUGAGUUUUAGUAGCCUAUAUAUUGAUUUAACAUAAAUACCUUGUGCGUGUGUAUAUUCAUUGCACCUAUCUGUUCUGUUCAAUGUAAUUUUCAUAUGGAAGUCCAUGGGUAUAAUUAUUCAUAAGUAUGCAGUGUCAUAAGUACAUCUCUGAUGUUUAUAACAAACCAAACAGUUUGAAAAUCGGUAGAAAAUUGAGCAAGUUAUGGUUAUUUAAAAAGUACAUGCUCCAUUAAAACACAAUGUUACGAGUGAGCGAGCUGACUGUUACAAGAUGGCCGCCAUGUGCGGACGUCGACCUCCAUUGGCCAGCAGCGCGGACGAGACAUCUAGCCUUUAUUAUGUAUAUCUAUGUGAGAAACUGUGCCAAUUAGCAAAUCCAGGUGAUUGGAACAAAAUACUGAGGAGGACUUUUACUUUCUGAACCUGGACUUUACACCUCUGGAUCCAAAGCAAUUAUCAGAUCUGAGAACUUUCAUUUGACCUCAAGCAGGUUUCAAACACUCCCCCCAUUAAAUAACGGGUAGCCCCGCCCCAAA